AUGGCCAUGUCAUGUGAUGCUGUGAUGACACGAUCAGUUUGGUCUUACAAUCUUGAAUCAGAAUUCAAGUUAAUUCGUAGGGUGAUUGGAUUUUUUCCUUUCAUCUCUAUGGACAUAGAGUUUCCUGGUGUUAUCUUUCAGUCGCAUCCAACACUCCGACAACCACAAAAUAACUAUGCGGUGAUGAAAGCCAAUGUGGACUGUAUGCAUCUCAUCCAAGUUGGAUUGACCCUUUCAGACUAUCACGGCAACCUUCCAACAUUUGGAACCUCCCAUCGCUUCAUUUGGGAAUUCAACUUCUGUGAGUUCGAUGUUACGUGUCAUCCUCAUGCUCCUCACUUUAUCGCCCUCCUCCAACGCCAAGGCAUGGAUUUUCAUAAGAAUCGAAACUUCGGAGUCAACAUUGUGCAAUUCGUUGAGCUCAUGAUGAUCUCAGGACUCCUCUGCAAUAGUCAUAUUCGCUGGAUUACUUUUCACGGUGCUUAUGAUUUUGCCUACAUGAUCAAGGUAUUGAGCCAUCGUUUUCUGCACAUGCAACCACUUCUACCUCCCAACUUGGGUGACUUUCUGCAACUCGUUAAAUUCUUCUUUGGACAGGAAGUAUACGAUGUUAAACAUCUCAUGAGAUUCUGUCCCAACCUUCAUGGUGGUUUAGACAGAGUUAGUGAGUCCCUAGGUUUGGAUAAUAGUGCCAGAAAAAGUCAUCACGCAGGGUCCGAUAGUUUGGUCACUCUGCAUGUUUUUAACGAGAUUAAAAAACUCUAUUUUCAUACACAGAAUGACUUGAAAAAACAUGCAGGUGUUGUUUAUGGUUUAGAGAUGUUAUGA